AUGAUGAAUCCAGCAUCAUCUCUUGUUCCCCCCAAAGUCGACGUAAAGCAUGACAGCAGCAAUUCAGAAGAAUACGAAGAAAGUGAGGAGAAUCAUUCACCAACGCCAACACAUCCAAAGACACAUGCAGUGUUUGUGAGUAAACUUUACAGUAUGCUGCAUGAUCCAGACGUGCAGAAUCUAAUCUCAUGGUGUGAUACGGGUGACAUUAUCCACAUCUCCAAUCCAUCCAAGUUUUCUCAACAUGUGUUGCCGCGUUAUUUCAAGCACAACAAUUGGCAAAGCUUCGUAAGGCAGCUCAAUAUGUAUGGCUUCAACAAGGUCAACGAUAUUGUUCAUUCCACAUUACGACAAGACAGCCAUGCAUGGGAGUUUCGCCAUCCCCAUUUCAAACGAGGAUCAGUGGAGGACUUGGCCAAAAUCAAGCGUAAAAGUGUUCGUUCAUUGCGCACCAUGGCCCCAUUGCACGUGUCGGCCUUGGAGGACUCUUCCAGCGAAUACCACUGUUACCCAGCAGAUCGCAUGUGUCGGCAUAUGACUCAACGCGUAGCCCUUAUUGCUCAAAACUACCAAAACUUGCGUAACGAUCUCACGCAUAUAGGACACAUUGUUCAUAAUCAACAAACGGCCAUUGCAAGUAUGCUUAGCAUACUAAGGGCAUCAUUGACACCACCACCAUCCUCCUCCUCCUCUCCUUCUGCAACAACCCAAUCUUAUCCCAAUAACGUGUCAAUGGCAUCCCCUUUGGAAAAACUUGUUGAAUUGGAGAUGCGAUUUCGAUCUCUUGAAGAGUAUACGCAGGUUUUCAUGAGGGGAUCUUCACAUACCCAACCUUGCAUAUCCAUGGCCCCGCCACCACCACCACCACCAAUACCAUCACCAUCACCAUCAGCCCACAUUACGUCGACAACCCCCAUUAUGCAAUCCUCAGGCCCAAAUCAAAUACUAUCACCCUAUUUGAAUGGAUAUGACAAAGAAAAAUGCACCGAUUCAGCUGUUAUGCGUUUAGGAACAGGAUCACACUUGCUUAAUCCGGUAAAUCCAGACCCAGCAAAGCAUGCAUAG